AAUAGUUUGGCGCAGCGGCCGCUGUUUUAGUUGGUAUCAUUGUGGUGCAGUUGCCGCCCUGUUUCCAAUGGAAGGCCAGCUGAAUGUGGAUGACCUCGAGUCUCAGCAGUAUGCGAAGCUGCUCGCAUUGGCCCGUGAGCUGGGCUACACCUGCAAAGGCAACCCGAAAAAGGCCAAAGUGGUCAAGUUCAUACGGCAGUCCGUUGCCUGCGGUCUCGUCAAAGGGAAAGAAAACAGCUCUGUGACAUUUGCCCCCGACACAACCGCGGCAGAGUCGAGCCCCGAAUUUGUGCAGCCCGUGGAUGUGGCGCCGCCAAAGCGUGCCGUAGCUGCCAACAGGACCCCCGGGCCAAAGUCUGCGUCUAAAGUGAAGAAGACUCCAAACUUUUCCAAGCUUCACGCUGCCGAAUUCGACAAGAUGAAGUCCGUGGUGCACUGUGCUGCCCGCCGCAACAUCCUCGCGAGCUCUGCUGGUCGAACACCCCAGUCGGCUGCCCGUCUCAACAAUAUCCCUCACCCCGACACAUCGCAGACACCCAAGGCUGCUUCGCGCAUUCCCAGGCUGAUCGUGAAUAAGGCGAAGACUGUGCCGCUGCGGGAGCCAGUUCGGGCACGCAUUUCUCCGAGCCAGCGCACGGCUACUCGGCAGCGCCAAGUGCGCACCAUCCUGGGCAAGGUGCGCUCAAACAGAAGGUUCGAUUUGCUCAUGGCAAAAAGGGGCUUUGUGUGUGACUGAGCCAAUAUCGCAAUUUCAGCUGCUAGCUUGCCAUCUUUGCCAUUUUUUUUUUUUUCAAACAUACUUGGCAAGCAGACUCGUAGCACAUAGGCUGAAGCAGUGCAUAUGUUUUAUUCAUACUGCCGGCUCAUAGGCAGUGGGAGAUUUUUUUUUUACAUCAUCCGGCAUUUUAAUUAUUGACUCACUUAAUCAGUAAGUAUUUUAAUGGUUUGCUUUAUCUUUAAGCUCAUACUGUACGCUAUGGCUUUCACAUUCAGCUACAAGAGAUCUCCUCAUUGGCCACUGUUCAUACAAUAUGAGGGGUUGACAUAAAUAUGUUCUACAUAUUUUGUUUGUGUCCAAUGUUUUUGCUAUCAUCUUUUUACUCGUAUUCAUUUUUAGAGAAAGACAAACAUGCUUGUAUUUUGCUUUACACGCAGUGCUAUUUUAAUGCUUUGCUUUAUCUUUAAGCUCAUACUGUACGCUAUGGCUUUCACAUUCAGCUACAAGAGAUCUCCUCAUUGGCCACUGUUCAUACAAUAUGAGGGGUUGACAUAAAUAUGUUCUACAUAUUUUGUUUGUGUCCAAUGUUUUUGCUAUCAUCUUUUUAAUUGUCUUCAUUUUUAGAGAAAGACAAACAUGCUUGUAUUUUGCUUUACACGCAGUGCUAUUUUAAUGGUUUGCUUUAUCUUUAAGCUCAUACUGUACGCUUCGGCUUUCACAUUCAGCUACAAGCAGAAGUGCCAAUUGCUUUUAGUUUUUCAUUUUUCAUCAUAACAUUAACAAUCCAAUUUUCUUUAUUCUUUGUAGAUUCGCAAUUUUGAAUUCAGUUCCAUUGAAUGCUUAAAUGCUUUCGCUGAAGUUGUACAUAAUUAAACUUUCCUUUGAUCACUGUG